UGCCAUUGGUUCCAAGUUCGUUGAGCGCGCGUGGUAGCACUUCCGGGUGAGAGUGGGGUAGUGAGAGCUGUCUGCGACUCUGCUCUACGCACCGGCUGGGUGGUAUCGUGCGGCGCCAGCCGCCUAUGGCCACUGCGCAGCGAGAGAGGAAGCCUUCUGACUCGAGUUGGAUGAAGGCAAGAAAGAAAAAAAUCUGUGCUUUCUGCCUGGCAGUGUCAGCUGUCCCUGUCUAUGCAAAGCACGUGCAGUGCUCAUCUUCACACCAUCUGACAAAGAGCAACAAGAAGCUGCGAAGCUGCAGGACAUCUCUAGAAAGGAAAACACCCUUGUCUGGGUGAAUGUUCUCACACCUCUGAGUGAGGUGGCUGAGUUUUUUUUGAAAGAGAUUUUACCACAUUUUGUUUUUGUCAGAGGUAUAAAGGACUCGGAGAACAAGCAUUCUGAAAGUGAAGCAUAUGCAGCUUGACAGCUCUUAGGCUUUUAUAAUAAACUGUUCUAUGCAAACUGUAUUUUCCACUUCAGAACUUUCCUCAAUACAGUGAGCUAAUAGUGAGAUAAUUCAUUCUGGUGAUGGCACUUUUUUCUCAGUCCAGUCAGCGUGGUUUACAGGCUUUGCUAUGGAAGAGCCGUGUAGUCUGGCCUGUUUCAAGAUGCCAUCAACUGUUCGCUGUCUCUUUUGGCAUCCCUAAAAGGGACAAGGUUAGCUAUUUCAGCUUUAUGACGUCUUCCAGCACUGCUUUACCAGUGGAUCCCCAAGGGACUGAUGCCUGUCCUUCUAAGAAAAGAUCUAAAGUCGAUUAUGGAGAAGAAAAAGGAUGGAAUGAGGAGACUCAAGAAAUACUUGAAGGAAAACUCCGCUUUUCUUCCUCUGGGGGAACUUUGAAGAAACAAUUAAUGAAUCACACUGUAUCAAGGCAUAAGUUUGCCACUGUACAGCCUCCCGAAAGGCCUUUGUGUGCUGAGGAAUGGAGUAGACUGAGGAAAAGUUUUCAGUCCCCUGAAGUAUUUGAAGAAGUGAUGUUUAACAAUAUGGUCAGGUACAACAGCCCCAUUGAUGUGGCUAAGUCCUUGCUGACUCAUGUGGCAAAGAGUAAUGGUGACAUCGGGUAUAAUUUAUUGGUCAAAUAUCUGGCACUGUGUGUCCAACAAGGGAAAACUUCAGAAAUUUGUGAUGUGUAUGACAUAUUGAAAAUGAGAUUUAAGAUUUUAGAAAGCGGGGCUUACAACCUUCUUAUCAGAGGACUGAGUAAUUCAGAUCAAUGGAGAAUGGCACUGACUCUUUUGGAAGAAGUAAAAAGGGUUACGGUUCCCUCACGGUCAAACUAUGAAUCAUGUAUCAAAGCGGCUGGCCGUCACCAAGAAAUGACCCUUGCUUGUGAACUUUACCAUGAAAUGUUGGCUAAGGAUUUAUUGCCAACCUUGGAUGUCUUGCAGGCCCUUUUUGACUACAGCAGGGGUCUGAAAGAUCCUGCAUUACAGAAAGAGCUGUUUGCCUAUUCUGUUCUGGAUCUUGUGGGCAAAAAGGAACAUUUGCGCCAGUGUGGUGGCACCAGUGUUAGUAGCGAAGGUGAUGAUGAUGAUGUGGCGUCAGAAAGUCUCAAUGCAGCAUUUUGUAUACCGGGAGAGAACUGGAAAGGACAACUGACCAAUAUUAAAGACAGUGGACAGUGCCCAGUUUGCAACCAUCAGCUGGAGGAUAGUGAGCUCACUGAAGAGGAGUACAGUAAUCUGAGAGAAAGAAUAAUAAGAGAUGUGAUACAUGGGACUGACACUUUCAGAAAGACAAGUCCGCAGGAAUUUGAAGCCUUUCAAACAUUUGUGGAAAAUCGACUUCCGUUUGAUAUUGUUAUUGAUGGACUCAAUAUUUCCCAUAUAAUGCCCAGAAAGGUGCAGUGUGAAAAUCUAUUUGAAGCUGUCAACUGGCUGGCAAAAGACUAUGCCCGGUUGCUUGUGCUCGGCCGCAAACACAUGCUGAACAACUCUUCCAAUUGGAAAAGAGAGAUUAUGAAAGAGAUGCAGAAUAAGGCAGACUUCUUCUUUGCUGAAAAUAUUUCUGAAGAUGAUGCCUUCUUGUUAUAUGCCACUCUUCGGUCAGGCAAACAUUGCAAGUUUGUUACAAGAGACUUCCUCCGGGAUCACAAAGCUUGUCUUUCUGACAGUGUGACACGUCAUCUGUUCCGUAAGUGGCAGCGUGGACACCAGAUAGUGGUUUCCCCUUCUGUAGGAGGAAAACAUAUAAACUUUUUGCCUGCUUGCAGUUAUGACUGUGUGGUACAGACUACGGGUGACACAUGGCAUAUCCCCUAUAAAGACACUUUUGAGGAAAAAUAUUCAUAUCGAAUACCAAGAAAAUGGCUUUGCCUUCAGCAGAAAUACAGAACAAUGUAACUGCACAAGCUGAAGCUUCUUCUGUGAUGUUGUUUUUUGGUGGGUUUUUUUGUUUGUUUGUUUUUGCUAGGCAGCUGCUGCAGAGUAGGAGAACUCAGCAGCACAAUUAUGGGAUUAAUGUGUGAGGCCUAUAACUAAAGAAAAUUCAGUAACUGCUUUUUGUCAAACUCAUUCUUGUUGUAAACCUGUGAAAAUAAGUGGUGGUCCAGCAAGAAUGAAUUAGGUCCAUUAUUUCUAUCUUAACAGGCAAUUUCUGUAGCCUCUCCAUGUGAUUUGAAUUAAAACUUGUUUUUCCCUCUGGUAUUUCA